AUGGAGGAAAUGCGAUUUUCCCUGAGAGCCCUGAUCGGCCCGCGUGUUGCGCUGCGUGCGCGUAACGAGCGCUCGUCAACACCUACCGAUAGCAUCGCUAUGACUGGCUGGAAAUUAUUCCGAAUCAAUUUUGGUUGCGACCACUAUGAAAGAGACAACGAAAAGACAGUCUGCAGCAAAAGACCGUUGCACGCGACUGUACACGGCCCAAUUCUGGGCGUGCUGACGCCGGCGCGUCUAAUCGUCGUUUAUUGGAGAAAACCGAUUACUGGCAGCGCCACGGCCGACCGUUGCGACAUGUCACCGGGCGCUGUUCCAGACUCAUGGACCGUCGAGACAAAAUAUAGCGAAUUCUCAGCAAAAGGUCUGCAUAUGGCGAACAAUGCAUCGAAGUACGAAUACAAAAAAGUGUGG